CAAGACUUCGAACUUCCGUCCUCUCUCUCGCGAUUCCAACCUAUAAAAAAUAUGUAAAUAAAUAUUCGAAACGCGGAAAAGCGCCCAAUUUACGCAUUAAAGCCCUGCAAAAGGUCAUCGGGAAUGCACCGAGUGGUGCGUCCGGUGUGUUAAAAUUUGCGGCAGGAUUUAAUUCGCAUAAAUUGUGCAUUUUUCAGGUGCAUUUCGAGCGGGUGUUCGACCACUUCGGGAGGGCAGAGGGCGAAGAUGCGACUUCGUUACGGUGCACUUUGAUCGCUGUUAACGAGUUAAGAACGGAAGUUACUCCAUCGUUCGGGCUUGAUUGUUAAAUAGUAAAACAGAACUCAGCAAAACGGCGACUGGAAGUGACUAGCUUGAUUUAGAGUUCUAACAUGGUUACAAUUUGUUGAAGCGAACGGAACAUGUGCGGACACCCUGUGACUUCCACAGAAAGCAUGAUUUGCAUGUUGUGGCUCGCGUUUUAAUUUAUUAUGCCUAGUGAAGGUUAAGAUUACGGGAGAGUAGUUAUCUAACUGCAGCCAUGGCUGACUCUGAUGCGAAUAAUAAUAAUAUCCCGUUAAGAGAGAAUCUAGUGAACACCGCAGCGAAGUUCUUGCAAAACCCAAAGGUAUUGGCUAGUCCGCUAAAGCAGAAGCAGGAAUUUCUGAAGAGGAAGGGAUUGACGGAAGAAGAAAUUCAAAGAGCUUGUGAAUUAUCUUCUACAAAUAUUAACUAUGAUCACAUUUCACGGAGUCAGAACGAGUUUACGGCUAUUUCAAUUCCGUAUGCUCAACGAUACCCUCCAUACCAUGGUCUGCAACCGGUGCAACCUACGUUCUUUCAAAAAGUAAAAGAGUUCUUGAAUGCAACUGCUUUGAUUGGUGCUACGCUAUAUGGGAUUUAUUGGCUGUACAAGAGGUUCAUUGAACCAUUCUUGUUUGGUCGCAAAAAACGCAAAACGGUGGAGGACUCUGUGACUGACUUAGACAAGACCAUUCAAGAUUCCAUGAAGUCAAUGAAAGACUCAAUUUCCAAGGUGGAAGAUGACGUGAGUAAGUUGACUCAAAGCCGGUCUUCAGACCUUACCAUUCCGCAAUUAGUGCAAGAAGUGAAGCAAGACUUAGCUAGCUUGAAAGCAAUGCUUUUAUCUAGAAAACAAUUCCCAAGUACCCCUCCUACGAUACCUUCCUGGCAACUGGAUACGUCGACUCGUAACCAAGAAAAGACUACCGAACGAGAGGAUGAUGCCGGCAGUGGCAGCAGCACGAACAACUCCGACAGUUCCUUAGAAAUGAUCCGUGAAGAUCCUCCAAAGGAAUGAGUGAUUGGUGUAAUGUUCACAUCUUGAUUAAUCUAUAAUAUACUUAUUUACAAACCGUGA